AUAAGGUUCUCUUCCUUGAUGGAUAUUAAAGCUUGGAAUUCGAUCCUGAAUACUCCGCCUCCGACUCCGUAUCUCCGGCACUACAGUGUAUGGUUUGGCACGGGCAUAUUUUGAGUUCUGAUAUUGGGCUGGUUUUUGGGCUGGUUUUGUCACAGACCUGGCAACCCUGCCAGGCAGUCCCCGAGCAGCCGGGAGGCUGGGUAACUGUUCGCAGGAGUAUGUUUCCCCUGACCUGUGCCGUGCAACAUUAUGCGUGGGGGAAGGUCGGGCUGGACAGCGAGGUGGCCCAACUGGUGGUCGGCGGAGACCCAGUCGCUGUGGUGGAGGACGGCCGGCCCUACGCAGAGCUGUGGAUGGGCGCCCACCCAAAAGGCGACGCCCAGAUCAAAGACAACCGGAUCGCUCAGACCACGCUGGGCGAGUGGAUCGCCCACUUCCCCGCCUGCCUGGGCUCCAAGGUCAAAGACACCUUCCAGGGUCAGCUGCCCUUCCUCUUCAAAGUCCUCUCUGUCAACACAGCCUUGUCCAUUCAGGCCCACCCCAACAGAGAGUUAGCCGCUCGCCUCCAUGCCCAGUUUCCGGAGCACUAUCCGGACAACAACCACAAGCCGGAGAUGGCCAUCGCUCUCACGCGCUUCCAGGGCCUCUGUGGCUUCAGGCCAGUGGAGGAGAUCCUGGGAUUCCUUAAAUCCGUCCCAGAGUUCGAGGCUCUGGUGGGCAACGACGCGGCGGCGGAGCUGCAAUGCGGCGGGGGGGGCGUGGCCCACGCCGGCCAGGUGCUGAAGAAGUGCUUCACCAGGAUGAUGAACUGCGAGAAGAAGGUGUUCGUCGAUCGCCUCAACAUGCUGGUCAAGAGGAUCACGGAGGAGGGAGCAGCGGGGACGGACACGUCGAGCAGCAACGGGGACCUGCUGCUCCGGCUCCACUCCCAGUUCCCCGGAGACAUCGGCUGCUUCUCCAUCUACUUCCUCAACCACAUGGUGCUGGAGCCGGGGCAGGCCAUGUUCCUGGGCGCCAACGAGCCGCACGCCUACCUUCACGGAGACUGCAUCGAGUGCAUGGCCUGCUCCGACAACACGGUGCGGGCCGGUCUGACCACGAAAUACAUCGACGUCCACACGCUGUGCGAGAUGCUGAACUACAGCCCGGCGCCCGCCAGCGCCAAGAUCUUCCCGUGCGUCCGGGACGCUUCGGAUCCCUGCGUGUCCCUGUACGACCCCCCGGUGCCAGACUUCACGGUCAUGAGGAUACAGGUGCCGGCCUCGGUGAAGCAGUACACCGUUGCCCCGCUCGACAGCGCCAGCAUCCUCCUGGUCGUCGAGGGCGACGCCACGGCGACCUCGGCCGCCGCCCUCUCCGACGUCACGCUGAGCCGCGGCACCGUCCUCUUCAUCUCGGCCAACGAGGGCGUCGCCCUGCACAUCUCCUCCAAGUCGGGGAUGGACAUGUUCCGGGCCUGCUGCCUCCUGUAGUUUAGUGAGUCUGUGUGUGUGGAAAACCUUCGUCCUGCCCGCGGUUCUGUUCGAGGGGGAAAUGCAGAAGAUGCGCACGUCCAAAAUUCUCCUAUCGGAGGAAUACAAAAUAAAAUAAUCCACAACAUUGAAUAGGACCCAAUAUAUUAAAGUAUCAGUCGACUGUUGUCAGGGUCAAGCUGAAGAUCCAGCGUUAAAAAUGUAAACAGCAGCUGAAGAAAUAAACUCACAUUCAGUAUAUCAACAGUAUAUCGUGUAAUACGGAGACGCCUGUGCAUGUUUGAUUUUGAGCAGUAAGCCGGCCUCCGGAAAGUAGGACCGCUUUUCCCGGUUCCCAGCGCAUGUGGGAACGUUAAAGACGCCGGAGAGGGAACGCUACGCGGGAAAACAUAUCGAAUAAAACUAUUCCAUGCUUGUUGAAUACUUCUGCGACUGCAGCCAGUCGUACAACAAAGUGCUGCAUCGGACUUUAAAGUAUUACAGGAACUAACGUCUGUAUCUCGGAGACGAUUUCGCUUCUUUUUUCUUACAGACUUGUCAUGCUGCAUGUUUCUUAUGUGCCGAGUCGUCCAUGCGGGACUUUGCAAACAGAGAGAACUGAACCCUGAAAACACACGACGGGGUUAUUGAGGUCAUUUCGGUACAAAUAUUCCAGUCGGUACCGGCCGGGGUCGACCCGAACCCGGCCACUCGUGACGUGGACUUUCUUUGUGGUAAUAAUGUUUCAUAGGUCCUCUUAAAUCAAAUAUUUGGGAAUGAAUGCCUGCCUCUCCCAGUGAGUACAUAUGUAUCUGAAUGAAUGCAGAUCUCCGAUGCACCGAACCUCCAGGUGUUCGUUGCUGAAACACGGAGGGAUGAGAAAAAGGAGAAAGAAGAAUGUUUAUAGUUAAAACAAAUCGCAGCAUCUUUUUGAUUAAAGCGUUCCCUCAGAUUCAUCCUGCGGAGGUCGUAGAGCCUCCAGUUACGUGACCGUCUCAAUCCUCUCGUUACUGUGGAGGUCAGAACGGUUUCUUUAACUCGACUGACACUUGUUACUCAUCUGGUUUAGUUUUAAUACUGAGCUUUUGCACAGGAAUAAUUUCUCUCCUGAUUCGUGGUCCUUCAAAUGCACAGAAAUCUGAAGGCCAUGAAGAUUUUUACCUUCUUGGGAUAUUUCUCUCGUGGUUUGUGAACGCGUGUCUGUAAACUUGGUUUAAUAAAAGCUUUUGUUCCAGU